AAUGGAAGGAGUCACAAGUUCAUGGUCAGUCCCUCGCUGGAUGCUGGUCAGCCUCUUCCUGAUCACAUGGAUUCAUCUAACGACAGGCAAGUGCCAACACUACGGUCACGCUUGUCUGGGAGCUCAUGGAAAGAAACGAACCGGAGGAACUUUGACGAUGGAAUCAGUUCCGCUGUCUUCUCGAAUUCUUCACUCUCUGCCGGAUUCAUCCGAAGGAAUCAUGGCGGCCGUCGACCCAGGCCGCCAUUCCGUCACUCGUGCUCGUGAUUUGAUCAAAAGACACUUGCCCCCUCGAUUCAUUUUCAACAUGUUGAAGUCGCGAUUCAAAGAAGACUAGUUUUCCACAAACUCAAUGGUUGCUUUCACAUUCCCAUUCAUGCCCGAUGCAGGAUAGGACAAUAUAAUAACUAUUCAUGCUGCUACCCGAUUCGAGUUGACUUUUGGCUGGAAUUAGAGCUCAUUAUAUACCUUUCAUGUAAAGAUUCAAUUUAGAAAACUCAAUCAAUCGUCCUGUACUGUUUCCCUGUCGUAUUAUAAUUUUAACAAAAAUAGUCAUAAUCGAGAAUAUUACCUUCUUCCAAACGGAUUAUGGGACUUGAUGCAUUUCAGUUGGUUCAACGUGCUCAGGCCGCUAUAACUCGGUUCCGCCAUUAAAUUCACCUAGAAAAUGUAACAAAUGCAUGCUUGAAUGUUACGUCAUUUAAAAGCAGACCACAAUAAACAAAACACUGUUAAGAAUCAAAAGUGUGUGUAUGUACUGUUGGUAUUAACACUAUCUCAUUUUAAAAUAGCAAGGUUGCUAUACUCGUUAAAAAUAAAUACACACUGAAACUGGAGGUGCUACAUCAUUACCCAUUUAACAAACAAAGCCAAACUACUACAAAACUUGUUAACAGUUAACCUGAAAGACUAACAAAUGGAACGAAACCGUUUAACAAUUCAAUUAUUAAGUACGAAUAUGCAUAUGCCAUGUGCAUGCUAGAA